CGCGGUGAUGAAGGAAGAAGGUCGGGGGGGGCGAUGUUGUUGCGCCACCGUUUGAAAUAUCGUGUUGCCAGUUCUCUGGUUUCGUCUCCUUAUCGCAUUACUUCCUUCUCAGUGUGUGGAUUUUUUUUUUGGGGUUACUGUUGUUGUUGUAAAUGUUAAAUCUCAAUGAAGGAUGGACACUGACGAUGUGACAAUCAGAGAGCAAAACUUUCACAGCCAGGUCCGGGAGUAUACAAUUUGUUUCCUUUUGUUUGCUAUUCUGUAUACAAUCUCCUACUUCAUUAUCACCAAAUACAAGCGGAAACCAGAUGAUCAUGAGGAUGAAGAUGCCAUAGUCAACAGAAUUUCGUUGUACCUAUGCACGUUUACUUUGGCUGUUUCAGCUGGUGCAGUCCUGUUAUUGCCAUUUUCGAUCAUCAGCAAUGAGAUCCUGCUUUCUUUUCCACAAAAUUACUACAUACAGUGGCUGAAUGGUUCACUAAUUCAUGGACUGUGGAAUCUUGUAUCCCUGUUCUCCAACCUUUCCCUGUUUGUGCUGAUGCCUUUUGCCUAUUUUUUCUUGGAAUCUGAAGGAUUUGCUGGAUCAAAGAAGGGAAUUAAAGCACGAAUUCUGGAGACUUUAGUUAUGCUUAUUCUUCUCGGACUGCUUAUUUUGGGAAUAGUCUGGGUGGCUUCUGCUCUGAUUGAUAACGAUGCUGCCAGCAUGGAAUCUUUGUAUGAUCUUUGGGAAUUUUACCUUCCUUAUUUAUAUUCCUGCAUUUCGUUGAUGGGAGGUUUAUUACUUCUAUUGUGUACACCGGUUGGUCUCUCCAGAAUGUUCACAGUAAUGGGACAGUUGCUAGUAAAGCCUACAAUCCUGGAAGACUUGGAUGAACAAAUCUACUGCAUCGGUCUGCAAGAAGAGGCACUUAUAAGGAGGUUAAAUGGUGCAUAUAUGACAUCCUAUUUAAAAUAUAAUUCUGAGCAACUUGAACAGGAAUUGGAUGGCGUAAGAAGCAAGAAAUCAAAACUUGAGCGACGCAAGAAAGCUUCUGCAUGGGAACGAAAUUUGGUUUAUCCUGUUGUCAUGCUGAUACUAUUGUCGGAAACGACAAUCUCUGUCCUCUUGGUUGCUUUCAAUAUACUGGCCCUGUUGGUUGACGAAACUGCAAUGCCAAAAGGAUCACAGGAACUAGGCCUUGGUAAAGCUUCUCUGUCUGCAUUUGGGUUUGUUGGUGCAGCGAUUGAAAUCAUCCUGAUUUUCUAUCUGAUGGUGUCCUCUGUCGUCGGCUUCUAUAGCCUCCGGUUCUUUGCAGCUCUCACUCCCACGAAAGACGACACAACCAUGACAAAGAUUAUUGGUAAUUGUGUCUCAAUAUUGGUCCUUAGUUCUGCAUUACCUGUUAUGUCAAGAACCUUGGGAAUCACCAGAUUUGACCUACUUGGAGAUUUUGGAAGGUUCAACUGGCUUGGCAAUUUUUACAUUGUCCUCUCAUACAAUCUGUUAUUUGCCGUGGUAACAACUCUGUGCCUGAUCCGAAAAUUUACAUCUGCUGUAAGAGAAGAACUGCUUAAAGCUUUAGGUCUGAAUAGUCUACACCUUUCAAAUAGAACGCAAGAGUCAGAGAAGGUCCUGCAUUCUGCAAAUGGACAUCAGAAAUCAUUCUGAGAUUAGAAACCUGGCAACAUUACAGGCAACUUUCGGGAUGCAAACAGUUCAAUCACACGACAUUCCACUCCCCACCCCCAGUUCUGCUGGGAGACUUGACAGUCAUUUGUUUUCAGCUGCCAGUAAGAGUCAGAAAAAGGUUCAGUUGUGGGUAAAUGCUGUCUGAGAAAUGCACAGGAAGCAUAUGUCUGGGGCUCAUUCCAUUUCAACAAGAGUUUGAGGUGCUGCUGAAGGUGCUUAGCUUGGACUAUCAUGCUGAAUUAAGACUAACUUCUACCGAUCACCUGAUUAUGAUUGGGAUCCCUUUGGGAGAGAUUUAAGUUUUGGAGGGGGCACAGAAAGCAAUUGCUUAGUCUGUCACUGAAGCACUGGCCCAGGCUCACUUCUGGAAAAUGUGCUGUCAAGAGAAAUUAGUUUGUGAUGUCUUGGCAUGCAAACAUGCUCUUCCAGACAGUUCUGGAAUUCUGGCUGUUGCUUACAUUGGCAUUGUGGAGCUGCUGCCAUUCGCUGCUUUUGAACUGAAUCCCUCAUUUUCAAUUGAGCCAACCUGGACUCCAUCCUAGUGCAGAUCAUAUUCAAAUUGCAGUCUGAAUGCAGCUUUGACAGAAAGAAAAUGUUUGUUGGCUAACCUCUCCCAUGGCAUUAUGAUGAAUCUGUUUUCAAUCUUCUGUUGUAAAACAAAAAUUAAAUUGGCGUACUUUAUUGGUGAAUAAAAUCCAAACUGGAUUAGUGCAGCUAUAAGGUGAAUAUCUCCUUCAUAGCAGCAACUGGAAGCAGUGCACUUGCUAUUUCCCCACACAAUCCAGUUUCCAGUUGCCAGUAAUGAAUUGAUCUGCACGUUGACAAACCCCAUCCUAGCAGGUGGCCGGUUCAUGAAGCUUGGAAAAACAAAUUGCAGUGAAAUUGCUACCUGUUUUUUCCAUUCUGCUUUACUGAUUGUAGAGACUGGGAAUUUAUAUCCAACCAUUAUAAGUAUCAGUCUUAUGUUUA